GAGUUCCUCAUGCGGCAGCCGGCCGUCACCAUAGGCCGCAACUCCUCGCAAGGGUCGGUGGACGUCAACAUGGGGCACUCCAGCUUCAUCUCGCGGCGGCACCUGCAGCUCAGCUUCCAGGAGCCGCACUUCUACCUGCGCUGCCUCGGCAAGAACGGCGUCUUCGUGGACGGCGCCUUCCAGCGCCGCGGCGGCCCGGCCCUGCAGCUCCCGCCGCAAUGUACUUUCCGAUUCCCCAGCACGGUUAUAAAGAUCCAGUUCACAUCUUUAUACCAUAAAGAGGAAGUAAAAGAGGAAACCUCAUCGCCUCCCCCUCGGCCACUUUACCCUCAAAUAUCACCUCUGAAGAUCCACAUCCCGGAGCCGGAUCUCCGGAGCGUGGUCAGUCCCCUCCCAUCCCCCACAGGCACUAUCAGUGUUCCCAACUCUUGCCCGGCCAGUCCACGUGGUGCUGGAUCCUCAGGAUAUCGUUUUGUCCACAACAUUACCUCGGAUCUGCAGCUGGCAGCAGAGUAUGCGGCAAAAGCGGCAUCAGAGCAGCAGGCAGAUGCAUCUGGCGGGGACAGCCCAAAGGAUGAGUCCAAGCCACCCUAUUCUUACGCUCAGCUAAUUGUGCAGGCUAUAUCUUCAGCACAGGACAGGCAAUUAACACUAAGUGGGAUCUAUGCCCACAUUACCAAGCAUUAUCCAUAUUACAGGACUGCUGACAAAGGCUGGCAGAAUUCCAUUCGGCACAACCUCUCCUUGAACCGUUACUUUAUUAAAGUCCCACGCUCCCAAGAGGAGCCUGGAAAGGGCUCCUUUUGGCGAAUUGACCCUGCCUCUGAAGCCAAACUAGUAGAACAAGCAUUUAGAAAACGAAGGCAAAGAGGAGUGUCCUGCUUCCGAACACCUUUUGGGCCUCUCUCCUCCAGGAGUGCUCCUGCCUCCCCUACUCACCCUGGCCUGCUGUCCCCUCACUCUAGUGGCCUACAGACUCCAGAGUGCCUGUCACGGGAGGGCUCACCCAUUCCACAUGAUCACGACUUUGGGUCAAAGUUAGCCUCAGUUCCGGAAUAUCGGUAUUCCCAGAGUGCACCUGGGUCUCCAGUGAGUGCCCAGCCAGUGAUUAUGGCUGUUCCUCCCCGACCAUCUACCCUGGUGGCAAAGCCCGUGGCGUACAUGCCAGCGUCAAUAGUGACUUCUCAGCAGCCUUCCUGUCACGCAAUUCACGUAGUUCAACAAGCUCCCACUGUUACCAUGGUCCGAGUUGUGACCUCCUCUGCAAACUCUGCAAACGGAUACAUCCUCACAAACCAGGGCACGGCAGGAGGAGCUCAUGAAGCUGCAGGAGCAGUGUUGGACUUAGCUGGUGACCAUCGAGGAAUGGAUGAAAAGCCAACGAUCGCGUUUGCCGCAAUCCCCACAGCCAGCCGUGUCAUCCAGACCGUGACCAGUCAGAUGGCACAGGGUGUCCCUGGGCAGACAGUCACGAUCCUUCAGCAGGCAGCUCCAGUGGCCAUCGGGCAGCACCAGCUCCCGGUGCGGGCGGUCACCCAGAACGGCAAACACGCCGUGCCCACCAACAGCAUCGCCGGCAACGCCUACGCUCUUACAAACCCACUGCAGCUCCUUGCAGCCCAGGCCAGCUCAUCCACUCCUGUUGUAGUCAGCCGGGUCUGCGAGACGGGGACCGAGGAGACGGCAGCAGCCUCUUCCAGUGAACCUGAAGUGAAAAGAGCCCGGAUAGAAGAGCCCAGUGGAGCAGUCCCAGCCCAGACUGGAGUCAUCACAUCUGCAAUGCCACAAGGACAGGCAACCAGUGAAUGAAGAACCGGUGGGAGGAGCUGGAGUGAUGUGGGGUGGGCAUGGGAUGGCAGGAAUCCUAAAGCAGCUUUCACAGGAAACAAACCACAACUGUAACAGCUCAAAACAUAGCUGAUAUACAGCUCCUUUAAAGUCAGAUUUUUAAAUGGGAGGACAACAGCUGUUAGAGUCACAAGGUGCCAAAAAGAAUGGAAAACCCCUCCCAAGAACCCAUAUCUGGAACUCUGUUCUGUCUUUACCUAUGGGAUAUUUUUUCCUUUUUUUUUUUUCCUUUUUUUUUUUUAAAAAAGAUUCAAAAAAAUUACAGACAACUGAUUGUAUGACUGCUGGGAUAUUUUUAACUGUCUUUUCCCCUUUUGGCUCCAAGGGGAUGGGAUUUGCAGUUCAGCAUCUAAAGGAAUGUAAUACAAAUACAGUCUACUCCCUGGAAAGAAAACUCCUCACGUUCUAUGCCUUAAUACCACACUUCUGAGAGCUUUGAACCAUAGGACCAUUUCAAUAAGGUCACCUAAGGCAAUCAAAUGCUGAAAGAUGGGUGCAGUAUCUCACAACAACAUUAAAGAAACAUGGUACCAAGCUUAAAGAAAAAGGCAAAUGAUUCUGUUUUUUUAAAGCAGAAAAAUUCUGAAUAUGAAUGCUUAUUUAUGUGGGGAUUCAGGAGGAAGAGUUACAGGGCUCAGCCACCUGGAUUUCCAGAUGCAAUUUCUCUCCAUUCCCUCUGAGGGAGAAUAAGAUGACAGAGGAACUGUAUUAACUUGGUUCCUAUAAAGAUAUUAAAAACACAAAGGGGUUUGUACCUUCACUGAUUUCUUACAAUUAUUCAUCACUUGCUUUGGACAACAGCCAAAGUAUCUUGAUGCCUGAGGAUUACAUUGGGGAAGGGUGUCUCCACCAGUUCUGUGUGCAUUUGAUUGAUCACAUCUUGUGCUGGAGCUUUGGUUCACAAUAGCACUGUAGGUGAAGGCACGGCCACUGUCUCUGUGAACUUGAGAAAAUAUUGGUUGGUCUUCUGCACUGAAAGCAGUCUCCUUCACCUCCCAUUGGUGGUGUGGUCCUCAGCUCCAUGGCCAAUGGUGAGGAAACCAGGGCUGGGUAGGAGGCUGUCCUGCCCCUCUGCCAUGGCAAACAGCAAAGCUCCUGUGUUACUCUUCAGAGAGGGAAGUUGAGGGCUGGGAUGAGAGGCAGGAGAAGUCAUACAGUGUUUCAUACAAAUUCUGUAAGGGUGUAGAGACCAAGGCAAAAGACUUCCCUUUUAUUUUAUGGCAAAAGCCACUGGACGUCUUAAACAAUUUUUCCCAAAGGGAUUUGGAGGUUUCCUUUCAUCACUUGGCUCCCUCUCCCAUCUCUCCUGCCUCGAGAACCUUCACCAGUAGGAGGAGGCUUUUACUCCCAACUGUAUUCCAGGCUCCUCAUAUAGUACAAGGAUGUCUUAUCAGGAAAGCAGAUUUGACUCACUUCAGCCAUGUGGAACAGUGGGUGCAUGUGAUACCUUGUGACUGGCAAAGAAAUCAACCCCUGCCUGUAGCCUCCAGCAAACCCCUUUGGUUUUAUACCCAUUUGCAGUCCCCUUGGCUAACAUGUCUUCUGGCAGCACAGCAGAGAUCUUUUAAUUCAGCAAGUGUUAUGGCUUUGGUAAUGGCAAAAGAGACUUAAGAGGGGUGGGCUGUACCUCUGGUAGGUUGUCCCCCAUCUGUACUGAUUUGUUGUUCAGUUGCUGUCCUGUGCAGUCUGACAGUGCUAUCACAGAGCAGAGAGGCAAACCCACUGCAGGAAAACAUUGCAAAAAGCUUUCCCCAGUGUGCAGUAAAUGCUACUGUCAGCAUGUCCCUGGGGAUUAGGGGGUAAGGCACAACCCAUCAGUGUCUGCUGGAAUCCAGGGAGGGGGAGGAAAUCCAUAAGGUAACAGCUGGCAUCACUUGUUCCCUUCUAAGUUUCCUUUGUCUUUGCCAAAUCCUAUUCAAUAGCCAAGUCCCACUGCUUGAAUAAAACCCAGACAUGUUUUAUUCUCAAGUCCCUUGUUUGGUGAGAAAUAUUUCUAAGAGAAGGAAAGAAUUUCUCGGUCUCGUGAUUUGCGGUUGCUUUCUGCGGAUAGAGGCACAUUAAAUAUUCAGGGCAGAUCAUUUAUCUCAGCCUGGCUUUCAGAAUUUAGGUGUGUGCCUUAAGUGACAAGUUGUUAGAUUGGAUUUUAGUAGUUUAAAAUGGUUUUGUGAAGGAGGAUUGUUACAGACGACAAGGUAAUUGAAGCAGGCUGGCCUCCAGCUGCCCCUUCUCUCUAGGUGUGGCAUAGCAGAAAAGCACAUGGAUUAGCUCUGUUUUCUGUAGCCUUUCCAAAGCCAGAACUCAAUAAAAUGAACUUCAAGGAAGAAUGCACAAGUGAGAGUGCAGCACAGUUUUAUCUGUGAUUAAUCAUUGCUUUUGGGUGACUGCUGGUUUAGAUACAGGCACGCCUCUGAAACAGCCCCAGGGCUCGGGAGCUUUCCGGAAGCACAGGAGUCCUUGGGUUUCCAGAAUGUUGUGUGAGUCAGAGCAAGAUGAAAAACCAACAGAAUACUGUUCAGGAUGUGGUGUUCAGCUGCCAAAGUUCUGCAGAUUUUCUCUGGGAGAAUCUAAAUAAUUAGGCCCUGAUCUUCUGUAAACUAGUCCAGCACUGUAGAAAUACAUCAGCUGAAUUCAGUGUUUUCAUCCACCAGCUGCUGCUUUAUAGAUACCUCUUGAAAGUCCAUCCUCGGGUUGCAUGUGUAGAUUUGCCUCCUAAGUAUUUAGAACAGAAUAACACUUUCUUCCUUUUGUGGCUCACGCUGCCUGCUGGUUCAAGUGGGAGUUGAGGAUAAGCAAAUAUCUUUGUUCUGUUCCCCCUUUCUGCUUGACAUGUCUGGAAUUCGUCAGUUCAUCCUGUCAGGGGGUUUUUGCUUUAUCACUCUGCUGCAUCCCCCUGCUACUGUAAGAAACAGCCAUACCACUUGCAGAUAGUUCUGUAGGUUUUCCUAAACAUUGCAUAAUACUGGAUAAAAUAACUGUUCCUGCUAAAUCCUUUUGAGAGCAGUGGAAAAAUGUGGUCGUCAUCUGGAACUUGUGAGAUGGAGACCUCUUGUUUCAGGCCUCCAGAUUAAUUCUUUCAUCACACUGCUCAGUCUGGAAGACAGCACCAUUCUUUUUACAUACCAAUCCCUAUUCCCUGGGCUGCAGAGGAAUGAAAAUUAAUGUGAUGGUGGAAUUAAGUCUUCAACUAGAAAGAAAAUGUUUACCUUAAUGGUUCUGUGCAGUACCCAGAUUAUUUUGAAUUGAUCGUCCAGCUUGGGUUUUGUCUAAAAAGUUGCAUCUCAUCCUCAAUUAAUUAUAUUAACUGAGAAAGGUUUGAGGGGAAGAGAAGGAAGAGGCUUUACUUCAUCUUCUGCUGUGUGUAUAGCAAAGGUCAAGGCACAUUAAAUAUUUAAACUGCAAUAACUUAGACCUGGGGAAACUGUAAAACCAAGUUCUUAAUGUGUGAAUUCACUUUUCACCAUUCCCUAUUGAUUUUUUUUCACCUUAGGCAAUGACAUUGACUAAUUUUACUUUGAUCACAGUUACUUUAUAGCAACUUUUGUUGCCCCAGUUUACAAGAGCUGAAUGCAGUUGUUCUUGGUUUUAUUCCACUGGAAUUCCUUAGUUGUUGUUCAUCUUGACCUUGGCUCUUGUGAUACAGAAAGCUUUUUACAGUAAGAUCAAUUUAAUCUGAUUUAGUGAUAACACAACACAGUGCUGAGCACAAAAUUGAAGUUCAUGAUUAGCUCAUAUAUUCUUUUCAGCUCUUUUUCCUUCCCAUAUUCUUCCCUCCCCCACACCAUUUAUGCUGUCCCCUGUAGCAUAUCCAGUCAUUUUUAUCCACUAACACGAGCAGCACCUUGCAUUAAGCUCUGCCCAAGGACUCGAGGAUGAAAAUACCUGUGGAAUACAUGUUGCUCCAGAGCAGCUUGAGAAAGGUCAGUUUGGUCACCCUGUAUUAAUUCUCAUUCUGUGUUUUAGACAUGUUAUUGUUGGGCAGAGCUUAUUCAGGAGUGUGUUUUCAGAGACAUAUUAAAGCUUUGUAAGAGGAAAUAAAUGGUUAAAUAACAGCAGAAGCCUUUACAGUUCUUCUGCAAUCAAUGUCAUGGUCUGGCUUCAGGUUUUGGAGGGAGUAAACUUGGUUUUGCAUGUUUUAGAGAGCUAUCUUUCUGAGUUAAUUUCCACUUUUUUUUUUUUUUAGCAUUUUCAGUAGGGAAAUAGCAGCAGUGAAAUCAGACUUGGAGCACAGAAGGGUAGGGAUCUGUAUCAAAGCAAGUGAGAGCAUCUGACCUGAGCUUUCACACAGUGUGGUGUGGAACACUUUUCCCUGCCUGCUGGGAUUGUUAAAUUGGUGUUAGAGCUUUUCAUCUGUGUUAGCAGGGGGUGUUCCCAGGGAGAUAUUUGUUGUCACCCUGAUGUGUGCAAGCGUGUAAAUGAAUGUCAAAAUGUAGGGUGAAAGGAGAAAUGUUCCCCUGCUAUACCUGGAUUUGGGGAUCUUGGAUGAUGAGGAUUUAACCCAGCAGUAGUUCUGUACCUUUCCACAGAGAAUCCACUCUCACCACCCAUGAGGCGAAAACUUCUCAGCAAUUUAAGAACUUCCCACACUGCUGCAUGUGUUUGUUGCCUCUCAAAAAAGCCUAGCUCUGCCUUCUCUGCAUCUUCCAAAUAGGUAGUUGAAGAUUCCAGUAAGAUUUUUCCCCAUUUGCUUCCUUUUCUUGAGGCUGAACCAACUUGGUUGUCCUGGUCUCUUCUUGUACAUGACGUGCUCAGGCUCCAGGGCAUCAGGUGGAAUUGCUGCAGGUUACUGUGGGUCUUGUACUGGGGAGCCCAAAAGCAGGCACAGUUCUACAGACAUGAUCUGGAAAAUGUUGGAUGGAUUGGAAAAGAAAUCCCUUUUCUUGGACUGAUAGCUACACUUUGGCCUGUACAGCCCAGUACCUGUUUGGGCUCUUGCUGCACAAAAAGUGUCAGUGUAAGAAAUGAGUCACAAAGUGAACUGGAAAUGCUCUGGAUUGGAUUUGUACAUAUGCAACCAUCUUGUCCCUCUCUUCCAAGGAACAGUACCAGCUUGGGUCUUGGAGCUUUUUUAGCAGGAGGCAGCACUGAAGGAUCCUGAUCACCUCCAAAUAUCUGUGCUUUACCUUAUCAAAUGAUAGUUUAAAUCCGAUGGGGAACUUGCCUUGAGUUUCUACCCUGAUGCAAAAUCUUUGAGGUUUUUUAAGUCUUGCUGCUAAUAAUUUGGACUCGGGCAUUAAAAAUGAACCUCUAAUGGAACAGGACUUGCUUCAUCAUUUUGCCCUGGCUGCACACUGUGUUUUUGAGUUUGUAAAUGCCCUCCUGCAGCAAAUGAUCUGUCUUCUCUUGCCAGCCAGUCUCUUGGGCAGCUCCUAUUUCUGCUCCUCAUCAGUUUUUCCCCCCUCUAUUUGUAGUUAUUUCUGUCAACUCCAGAGUCCUUUAAUCCAACUCCUAAUUUAAUUCCAUUGCUUGAAGGUCUGCAUCUGGCGAGGAUCUGUGUGUUAGGCUGCAGUUUUACAACAGAUUGUUCAGUCAUGUAACUUUUUGUUUCCUUCUGGGUGAAAAAUUACGCCAAAGCUGCUACUACUAUAGCAUACACUACUGCCGGAAAGUGUAGCUUCCAAUGGAGCCAGCUGUGCUGCAGAAAACAGUUACACUACAAGGUCAUCUGGAUUGCUGGAACUCGUGGGGUUGGGAAGUGAUGCCUUCUUGCAUUUUGAUCUGCACCUGACCAAAACAGAGCUGGAGCAUCUCUGUGUGCAGCUGCCUGGCAGCUGUGUGGCUGUGAUUAGUGGGAUCAGCAUCUCUCUCUGCUGGGUGUGUUACUUGCAGGGCAGUGCAUGUGUUUGUGCACACAGGUGGGGAUAUAUCCACAUACAGUAAUCAGCAGUGGGAAUUAGCUGGCUGUGAGGGUGGGCUUUCCCUGUUAGGGUGUCUUUCAUGGGGCAGUAAUACACCAGGGAGCAUUGUACUUUGGCCUGAGCAAGACAUUUAGAAAAAUACUUGGUUUUCUUGGAGCACUAUAUUUAAAUUCCAAAUUUUUAAUCAACUUUUGACCUUUGUAUUUAUAUGUUCAGAAAAUUCUUUUGAUACCUUUUCAAUUUACCAACACUGAAUUAAAACCUUUCAGAAUGUAUGGCUGGUCCUCUCCUUAUGUGUCACUUUAAGUUUCAGAGCCUGAGGGUAGUUGUGCCAAAUCUACCCCUUUGCUCUCAAGAUAGAAAAAAAAAAACCAUUGACAAUUCAUGGGUGGCAGCUAAGGAAGAAACCCUUUAAAUAUUUUUUUUCAGAGAAUAUUAAAUUAGAUCUGUGUAAACAUAAAAUUUCUAUUUAUUAAUGUGUGUGGGUGGGUGUGUGUGUGAGUGUGUGUGUCAGUAUAGAUAUAUAAAUGGUCCAUGACUAUUUCUUUCUCUUAAAUGGUACUUACACAGACUUUUAUACAGUAUGUUGGUAAAUUCCUGCACCAGGCACUGAUUCUAGAAGAACAACGUACCUGUUUUUGUAACGAGUGUGAGCAGCCAGUGGAAGCAGCUUUACUUCAGUGAUUGCUUUCAUUCCUCUUGCAGAGCAGAAGAGACAACUUGGUACUUGCAUUUUCCUUGUGUAGGAGCCCUGCUUCUGGCUUUGUUGUGCUUUCAGCCACCCCAGUCCGUGCUGCUUUUCUGGCAAGAAAAUCCCCCAGAUGGCACUAAUGAAAGCUGGAAUCCUUUCUUGUCUCCAAUUAUCUGUAGUUGUGGUGUUGGGGAGUUCUUUACAGAUUCUGCUCUGUAACUAAUGGGACCUUAUUUCUAACAGAGGAAAUUUAUGGCAGGUCCAUGAGGAUGCUGUAAGGCUGAGGAAUUCCUCCCUGCCAGGUGGCUGAGCUAACACUGGGGCACUAUGAAAUAGUUUCUUUUCCUCUGUGGUGAGAUUAUUUUCCUUUUAUCGUGCUUCUGUCUCUUUGUGAGGUGAGGUGUGUGUAUAUCCCCUUAAAAACAAACACAGAAGAGUUUUUCUAAUGUUCCCAUUCACAGGGAGUACAUUUUACCAAACUGGCCAAAUUUCAUUCCACAAGGAUCAUUAAAUUCACAGAAGGGUGUAUCUUGACCCACUUGGAUCUUUUGGGAAUUAUUCUUAAAAGCAGGUGAUAGUUGGCUUCCUAAUUCCUAAUUGCUGUUGCAGAAGUUCCUUUCUCUGUGAGGACCUGAGUUCAGGCUUCACCUUGGUGAUCACUGGCUGGUGACGGGGCUUCAGUACUUAAGGGAGAACACGGUUGGUCGUAGGAAGAGUAACAGGAAUGGGAGCAGUGAAAGGAAGCAGCUUUCCUUUUCAGCAGAAAACAGCCCUUGUGAAAACCAGAUUUCCCCUGAUUUUGGUUAUUCCUUGUGUCUGCUGCCAAGUUAAGCGACGCCCCUUCGCUGUGAUCUCCACCUCUCUGUCCUGCUUCUACCCCACCUCAGUUUGACUUCAAGCAGUCUGAGACAAAGCCUUCCUUAAAGCUAAGGGCAACAGUGAGGAGAAAUGUCUGUUAGCUGAAGAAAAAUGAGAUUUAAAUGGAGCAGAAAAAGCGAGAUUUCCUUCUGUUUCACUGUCUUGCUGCUAAAAGUCUGGUGCAGAACAUCCUGAUGUUCUGCUGAUUUAUAUGCUGCUCUUGGGAGGUGGGCAGGCUGCUAAGUAGGCAGGUUGGCUCUGUAGCAGUUGAAUUACUGUAAACCUAAACUUGCUUAAUCUCUCCUGGUUUUUUCUCCCUCAAAUGGGUUUGAAGUAGAGGGAACCAGACUAUUGUUUUUAAGAUCUUUUUGCUUUAAUAGAAGACAGAAUGUAAAGAAAAAAAAAGGCUCAUUGAAAUGUACUGAUACAGAAAUUGGCUU